AUGAGGACGAAGAGCGGAGGCGAAGGAGUUGAUUGGCAUGGUGCAGGGGAUCAGCAUGCAGGUAUCAGAGAUAGGCGACGAGCGCCCCAUCUCCACCUGCGCACUCUCCCCCGACGCCUCUCUCCUCGCCACCUCCGGGUAUCAGAGAUAGGCGAUGAGCGCCCCAUUUCUUCCUGUGCUCUCUCCCCCGACGCAUCUCUUGUCGCCACCUCGGGGUGGAGCGGCGCCUGCCGCUUCUGGUCGCAGCCAGCUGUGCGGGCGGCGGGCGCACUGCGCAGCCACUCAGAGCGCGCCACAUGUGUGGCCUGGCACCCCCACGCACUCUCCUCUCUCCCCGCCUCCGGCCCCAACCUUGCCACGGCUGGUGCUGACAGCGUGCGACUUUUCCCCCAACGGGUACCAUCUAGCAACAGGAGGGGAGGACCACACAUGCCACGUGUGAGAUCUAAGGCGAUGCAGGAAAACAGGCUGCACCCCCGAAUCCCUCACCCCCUCUCCUGUGCUCCUGAUCAUCGUCCAAUCUCCUCACUUGCACCCUUCCUCUCUUCCGCACUUCCCCCUUUCCUCUGUCCCGCCUUUCCUCCCUUGCUUCCCCUCAUAUACUUUACCCCAUUUCUUCCCCUCAUUUUCCCCCCUGCUUCCCCUCAUUUCCUCCUGUGCUUCCCCUCAUUUCCCCCACUGCUGCCACUCAUUUCUCUCCCUGCUUCCCCUCAUUUCCCCCACUGCUGCCACUCAUUUCUCUCCCUGCUUCCCCUCAUUUCCCCCACUGCUGCCACUCAUUUCUCUCCCUGCUUCUCAUCAUUUUUCCCUGCUUCUCAUCAUUUUUCCCUGCUUCUCAUCAUUUUUCCCUGCUUCUCCUCCUUUCCCUCCCUGCUUCUCAUCAUUUCCCUCCCUGCUCUCCCAUAUGUCCCAUAUCUCCCCUGUUUGACCUUUUUCUUUUCCCCCUCCCAAUCCCUCUUAUUGUCUCCCUCUUCCUCGCUAUUGCAGUGA